UUCCCGACUUUCUCGAUUUGUUGAAUCAAUUAUUUAGGGUUUUUGAAUUGUUAUCAGAAUUGGGCAAAUGAUGAAUCUGAACUUGUGUAAAUGGGUAAUUUGCAUCUGAAUAUGGUUGAUGUUAAUAUAACCUUGGAGAACUGAUGCCCUAAAUUCUAUGGAUUUUUAUGUUUCUUAGUUUGUUUCUGUGUUUUGAUCCCUAUAAUUAAUUGGUCGUUGCUACAUGAAUGGAUCACUAGAUUUGCGAUUGAAUUCUAUUAUUAUUGUCCCUUAAUUGGAACUAAUAACACUGUCAUAGUUGAAUUUUGAGGGGAGGUAAUUGAAAUGUUGGUUGUGAUUGCGAGAGAUCGAAGAAUCCUGACCCGAAUAACAUAAAUUUCAAUUUUUAAUUUAGUAGUUUUGGGAAAGCGUAUUUUCACAUAUUUAUUGCUGAAUUUCAUUUUAAUGGCAAAAUAGUGUGUUUAGUUAAUAAUGCUUUUUUAGCAUUGAUUACAAAGAUUGAAAUUCUGUGGCGUUAAAACAUUCCAAUGUCAAAAUAGUGUGUUGAGCUAAUAAUGCGUUUUUAGCAAUGAUUCCAAAGAUUGAGAAUUCGGUGACAUUAAACUAUUCUAAUGGCAAAAUAGUGUGUAGAGCUAAUAAUGCUUUUGUAGCAUUGAUUCCAAAGAUUGAGAAUUCGAUGACGCUAAACUAUUCUAAUGGCAAAAUAAUGUGUAGAGCUAAUAAUGCUUUUGUAGCAUUGAUUCCAAAGAUUGAGAAAAAUAAUGUGUAGAGCUAAUAAUGCUUUUGUAGCAUUGAUUCCAAAGAUUGAGAAUUCGGUGACGCUAAACUAUUCUAAUGGCAAAAUAGUGUGUAGAGCUAAUAAUGCUUUUGUAGCAUUGAUUCUAAAGAUUGAGAUUUCGGUGACGCUAAAGUAUUCUAAUGCCAAAAUAGUGUGUAGAGCUAAUAAUGUUUUUUUUACCAUUAAUUCCAAAGAUUGAGAAUUCUAAUGGCAAAAUAGUGUGUAGUGCAUAAUAACUUUUUUUUUUCUUUGGCUCAUAUUCUGGUUUUCUGUUUGCAAAAUAGUGUGUAGUGGACAAGCUGUAAGUUAUAUUUUGUGUUGCUUUCGGGAGUAGUAUCUCAUGCAUGGGAUUUGUAUUCUAAUGGCAUAUAUUAUGCCUUGCAACUUUUUCUUGAAUUUAAUGUUACGGCCUUUUAAAAAAAUAAUUGAUAUUCAAUCAAUAUCCACCCAAAAAGCUAAAAUGGUUUUAUGUAAAACCAAAUUGUCAAAACAACAACUAGAAUGUCUGAACAUCUUGAUGAAUCUAGUUGGGCAAAUGAUGAAUCUGACAUGGUGUAAAUGGGUAAUUUGCAUCUGAAUAUCUUGAUGUUAAUAUAACCUUGGAAGAAAACUGAUGCCCUAAGUUCUAUGGAUUUUUUUGUUUGUUAGUUUGUUUCUGUGUUUUGUUCUCUGUUUUUUUGGAUCCAUCUAAUCUAAAAUGAUCUUAGCAUUAAAAUUAUCAUAGUACUAGAAUGAAUUGGUUAUUGCUACAUGGAUGGAUCACUUGAUUUGUGAUUGAAUUAUAUUAUAUUGUCCCUUCAUUGGCACUAAUGACACUGUCAUAGCUGAAUUUAGAAAGGAGGUAAUAGAAAUGUUGGUUGUGAUUGCGAGAGAUUGAAGAAUCCUGACCCGAAUAACAGAAAUUUAAAGUUUAUUAAGUAGUUUUUGGAAAGCGUACUUUCACAUAUUCAUUGCUGAAUUUCAUUUUAAUGGCAAAAUAGUGUGUUGUGUUAAUAAUGCUUUUUUAGCAUUGAUUCCAAAAAUUGAGAAUUCUGUGGCGUUAAAAAAUUCCAAUGUCAAAAUUGUGUGUUGAGCUAAUAAUGCGUUUUUAGCAUAGAUUCCAAAGAUUGAGAAUUCGGUGACGCUAAACUAUUCUAAUGGCAAAAUAAUGUGUAGAGCUAAUAAUGCUUUUUAAGCAUUGAUUCCAAAGAUUGAGAAUUCGGCGACGCUAACCUAUUCUAUUGGCAAAAUAGUGUGUAGAGCUAAUAAUGCUUUUUUAGCAUUGAUUCUAAAGAUUGAGAAUUCGGCGACGCUAACCUAUUCUAUUGGCAAAAUAGUGUGUAGAGCUAAUAAUGCUUUUUUAGCAUUGAUUCUAAAGAUUGAGAAUUCGGUGACGCUAAACUAUUCUAAUGGCAAAAUAGUAUGUAGAGCUAAUAAUGCUUUUCUAGCAUUGAUCGCAAAGAUUGAGUAUUCGGUGACGCUAAAGUAUUCUAAUGGCAAAAGUGUAGAGCUAAUAAUGCUUUUUAAGCAUUGAUUCCAAAGAUUGAGAAUUCGGUGACGCUAACCUAUUAUAUUGGCAAAAUAGUGUGUAGAGCUAAUAAUGCUUUUUUAGCAUUGAUUCUAAAGAUUGAGAAUUCGGUGACGCUAAACUAUUCUAAUGGAAAAAUAGUAUGUAGAGCUAAUAAUGCUUUUCUAGCAUUGAUUCCAAAGAUUGAGAAUUCGGUGACGCUAAAGUAUUCUAAAGGAUUAAUAAUGUUUGUCAAUCCACUGAUAUUCUUUGAUGUAAUUCAUGAAUCCCGACAUGUUCUGAUAGCUUUCAUAUUUCUCUCUUGUGCUUGAUUUGUUUAUUUCUUGAGUUUCUCAAUUUUGUGAUGCAACUUUACCAAUUAUUUUUAGUUUUUGAAUUGUUAUCAAAAUUCUGCAGAACUGAUAGAUUUCAUGUUAAUUUGCAAAAGAUUCACAUGGUCCAAAUUAGAUAUGGCUAAAUGAGUUGUAUUGGCAGAUUUAUAUUUUCAAAGGGAUGGUUUGUCAAUUGCCUAGAAUGUUUUCCAUGGUGUUUGGAUAAAACUAGUCAAUGUCCAAUUCUAAUUCUCGAGAAAAGGAGGAAUUGUGCACCAAAACCUUUAUGUGUACUCAAAUGUUGGAGUGAGUUGAAGUUCAGGGAUGGCGGUAUUCAUAUUGAAAGAAAAACUCAAGUGAAUUGGAAAAAAGGUGAAAGUACAUCAUUUUCUGAAGAGGAGAUCAAAGACAAAAGAGUAGCAUCAACACAUUUACUUGAAAUGUUGAAUCUGAAUUGUGGCAUAUUGUGACAAAAAUCACGCUCAAAAUAGCUUAGAAAAGGGGAUGCAAAUUCCAAGUUCUUUCUCGGGUGCCGGGUAAAUAGAAGAAAAAAUUUAAUAAGAUUAAUUCGAUUAAAUAGAUUGGGGUUCAAGAGAUAAAGGGUGAAGUUUUCAAUUAUUUCCCAAGUUUAUUCAAAAAGCAAAAGAGGGAAAGACUGUUUAUGCAUAAUUUUGAAUUUAAACACAUUAGAGAUGAUAAGCUUAGAGAGGAGGAAAUAAGAAAUGUUGUUUGGAAUUGGGAGAGUUCGAACAGCCCCGACUCAGAUAGCAUAAAUUUUGGGUUCAUUAAGGAGUUUUAAGAUGUAACUAAAGCGGACUUUCAUAGUCUCAUUGUUGAAUCUCAUUCAAUUGGUAAAAUAGUGCAUGGAGCUAAAUAAUGGUUUUUAGCAUUAAUUACCAAGAUUAAGAAUUUGGUUAAGCUAGACGGUUUUACGUCGAUAUCUUUAAUUGGCAGAAUGUAGAAAGUCUUAGCAAAGCUAUUGACAAAUAAAUUUAAGGUCGGAAAUACUUGGAUGUUUCUGAUGGUUGUAUUCAUAUAAGAAAGAAGUUAUUGAAAUUGGUGAUUAAUAUAGUGUCAGGAAGAUUGUUCAAGUGGAAUAAUUAGUGCUUAUCUACAUGUGGCCGAAUCAUCCUUCUAAACUUUGUUAUACGCAUUACGGGUCUAUUUCAUUUCUUUCUUUAAAGCUCUGUUAGAUAUUAUUUCUAAUUUGGGUCUAUUUCAUUUCUUUCUUUAAAGCUCUGUUAGACAUUAUUUCUAAUUUGACUCUCUUUAAAAAUUUCUCGUGGGUUGGAAGAUUGGAAAACAUAAAAAUAAUUCAAGGGUGUUCAACCAAACUCUAUUAGGAAAGUGUGUGGGUUAAGGUUUUAAAAAGUAAAUAUGGUGAAAUAUUUGGUAAAGGGAGUAAAAUUGAGAGAAUGAGGUCAGCUUGGUGGCAGGACAUAAAAAUGGUAGAAAGUGGGUCGUGGGACUUUAAAUUAAAUUGGUUCUUUGAAAGGUUGGGCAUGAAAUUAGGAAGUGGAGUUGAAUCACAUUUUUGGACUCCUUGAAUAAAAGGAAAAAUCUUGAAAAAGAGGUUAGUGGUACUGUUUGAUUUAUAAUCAAGAACAAAAAUGCUUCAUUUAAGGCAUUGGUGAUUCAUUUGACUGAGAAUGUAGAAUUAUUCAUUUCAUUUGACUGAUUUUCUUGUAAAAUCAUGUGGCAAUAGUAUUUUAAAGGGACAUGAGAUUAUAGUUGUCUAAUGUUGCAGAGUUGGCAAGUGAUAAUACAUAGAGGGAAAAGAAAAGCGAUAUGAUGAUAGAAAUUCAUUGUCUGUCAAUCCACUGAUAUUCUUUGAUGUAAUUCAUGAAUCCCGACAGGUUCUGAUCGCAUUCAUAUUUCCCUCUUGUGCUUGAUUUGUUUAUUUCUUGAAGAAAAGCAGGGGCUAUAUUGAAUCUAUGGUCAUUGUAUUUCGUCAGUCCUCUUCCAAAUCCAGAUAGAGAUUCGAGAACAUUGCGACUAGUCCGAUGAAACUCGCAAGUGCAGUAUAGCUCGAGAAAUGAGAUACAUGUCGCGACUGGUUCAAACAAGAUGAUGCAACUCAGAAGCUCGAGACAGGAUGUGACUAUAAAUCGGAAGGACUCACAAUCUCCAAUACCCGGAUGGCUGGGAAAUCAAAUCAAAUAUCUCCUGUCUCUAUUCAUCUCAGUAUCUACCUGCCAAGUGUUGUCAAUUUGAUGCCGGUAGAUCUGCCUAUUUUUGCAAAGGUCGCAGUAGAGGGACAACCAGAAGGUAGUGACAUCUAAUGCUAUCAAAAUUCCUAAACAAAUUAAUCCUGCUGGUGAACAGUUGGCGUAACAUGAAUACGCUAUUAUAUGUUGCAGUAAGCAUCCGUGAUGACAACGACUACAUAUCGAGUCUCAUAGGAGGAGAAAUAAAGAAUGCAAUGAUCGGAGAUAACAAGUCAAGCUCUAAUGUCAUCGUAAAAGAGUCGGAUUGAAAAUAACAAUGACAGUCUUAAAUUGCCGACAUAUGGUAGAUGGAAUACUCAUAGCAAAUGAGUUAGUAAAUGAGGUUCAAAGUGGAUUUAAAAAAAGUAUAUGACUUUCUGGACUGGAAAUACUUGAAUUUUGACAGGAUUUAACGUUAAAUGGAGAUGCUGGAUUUCAGAGUGUCUUUGAUCAUCAACUAUUUUAGCGUUGGUCAAUGGAAGUCUCACAAAAAAUUCCGAAGAUGGUAAAGGUCUAUCGCCUUUUUAUAUUUUUGUGUGUUUAGUUCCAUAGAGGUGAUGUUCACUUCUCGCAUAUGCAGUAUGCAAAUGAUACCUUAAUUGUGGGAAAAAGUUGGCAACACAUGAGGGCCAUGAUGGCAAAUUUACAGUUAUUUGAGUUAAUAUCUGGUCUUUAAAUAAACUUUCAUAAAAGUCUUUUAGUUUGAGUCAGAUGAAUCAGUGAAUCAAAUUUUAAGGUUGGAAAUACUUGAAUGUUUCUAUGGUUGUAAUCAUAGAAGAAAGAAGUUAUUUAAAUUGGAGAUUAAUAUAGUGUCAGGAAGAUUGUCCAAGUGGAAUAAUUAGUGCUUAUCUACAUGUGGCCGAAUCAUCCUUCUAAACAUUGUUAUACGCAUUACCGGUAAAUUUCAUUUCUUUCUUUAAAGCUCAGAUGUUAUUUCUAAUUUGAUUCUCUCUUUAAAAAUUUCUUGUGGGUUGGAAGAUUGGAAAGCAUAAAAAUAAGUCGGGUUCAUUGGAAAAAGGUAUGCUAGGGAAGAGAGGAGGGGGGAUCUAGGUAUACAAAAUUCAAGGGUGUUCAACCUAACUCUAUUAGGAAAGUGUGUGGGUUAAGAUUUUAAGAAGUAAAUAUGGUGAAAUCUUUGGUAAAUUGAGUAAAAUUGAGAGAAUGGGGUCAGCUUGGUGGCAGGACAUAAAAAUUUUAGAAAGUGGGUCGUGGGACUUUAAAUUACAUUGGUUCUUUGAAAGGUUGUGCAUGAAAUUAGGAAGAGGAGUUGAAUCACAUUUUUGGACUCCUUGGAUAAAAGGAAUAAUCUUGAAAAAUAGGUAAGUGGUACUGUUUGAUUUAUAAUCGAGAACAAAAAGGCUUCAUUUAAGGCAUUGGUGAUACAUUUGACUAGAAUUAUUCAUUUCAUUUGACUGGUUUUCUUCUAAAAUCAUGUGGCAAUUGUAUUUUAAGGUGACAUGAGAUUAUAGUUGUCUAAUGUUGUAGAGUUGACAAGUGAUAAUACAUAGAGGGAAAAGAAAAGCGAUAUGAUGAUAUAAAUUCAUUUGUCUGUCAAUCCUGUCAAUCCACUGAUAUUCUUUGAUGUAAUUCAUGAAUCCCGACAGGUUCUGAUCGCUUUCAUAUUUCCCUCUUGUGCUUGAUUUGUUUAUUUCUUGAGUUUCUCAAUUUUGCGAUGUAACUUUAUCAAUUAUUUUUGGUUUUUGAAUUGUUAUCAGAAUUCUGCAGCACUGAUAGAUUUCAUGUUAAUUUGCAAAAGAUUCACAUGGUCCAAAUUAGAUGUGGCUCAACAAUGAGUUGUAUUGGCAGAUUCAUAUUUUCAAAGGGAUGGUUAGUCAAAUGCCCAGAAUGUUUUCAAUGGUAUUUGGAUAAAACUAGUCACUGUCCAAUUCUAAUUCUCGAGAAAAGGAGGAAUUGUGCACCAAAACCUUUAUGUGUACUCAAAUGUUGGAGUGAGUUGAAGUUCAGGGAUGGCAGUAAUCAUAUUGAAAGAAAAACUCAAGUGACUUGGAAAAAAGGUGAAAGUACAUCAUUUUCUCAAGAGGAGAUCAAAGCCAAAAGAGUAGCAUCAACACAACUACUUGAAAUGUUGAAUCUGAAUUGUGGCAUAUUGUGACAAAAAUCACGCUCAAAAUAGCUUAGAAAAGGGGAUGCAAAUUCAAAGUUCUUUCUCGGGUGCCUGGUAAAUAGAAGAAAAGUUAAUAAGAUUAAUUCGAUUAAAUAGAUUGGGGUUCAAGAGAUAAAGGGUGAAGUUUUCAAUUAUUUCCCAAGUUUAUUCAGAAAGCAAAAGAGGGAAAGACUGGUUAUGCAUAAUUUUGAACUUAAACACAUUAGAGAUGAUAAGCUUAGAGAGGAGGAAAUAAGAAAUAAUGUUUGGAAUUGGGAGAGUUCAAACAGCCCCGACUCAUAUAGCAUAAAUUUUGGGUUUAUUAAGGAGUUUUAAGAUGUAACUAAAGCGGACUUUCAUAGUCUCAUUGUUGAAUCUCAUUCGAUUGGUAAAAUAGUGCAUGGAGCUAAAUAAUGGUUUUUAGCAUUAAUUACCAAGAUUAAGAAUUUGGUUAAACUAGAAGGUUUUACGUCGAUAUCUUUAAUUGGCAGAAUGUAGAAAGUCUUAGCAAAGCUAUUGACAAAUAAAUUGAUGGUGGCGGCUAAAUUUGUUUAUCUCUAAUUUGCAAUUCGUGUUCUUAGAAGGCUGGAAAAUCGUAGAUGGAAUAUUCUUAGCAAAUUAGUUAGUAGAUGAUUCAAAUAGGAGGAAGAAGCGUUGAUGUUUAAAGUUGAUUUGGACUGAAAAUAUUUGGACCGUGUGAUGGAAAAAAAAGGGAUUCAACGUUAAAUGGAGAGGUUUGAUUUCAGAGUGUCUUGGAACUUCAACUAUUUUAGUGUUGGUAGAUGGAAGCCUCAUAAAUGGCAAGACAAUCAGAUGAAUCUCUUGGAGGAUUAGCAGUUCAGUAGAAGAGAUGUUCACGUCUCGCAUAUGCAGUACGCAAAUAAUACUUUGAUUUUGCGGGGAAAAGUUGGCAAAACAUGAGGGCCAAGGCAAAUCUACAAUUAUUUAAGUUAAUAUAUGAUCUGAAAAUAAACUUUCAUAAAAGUAUUUAGUUGGAGUCAAUUCCACAAUAUUGGUAAGACGGAGCAGCAAAAGUAUUCAAUAAAACUACUUUCAAAUACUUGGGCAUUUCUACAUCAGUUAUUUUCAGAUAGAAGCAAUACCGAGAAGGUUGUCCAAGUGGAAUUACCGAUGCUUAUUUAUUGAUGGUUGAUUCAUCCUUCUGAAAUCUGUCUUGUAUGCCUUAAUUGUUUAUUUCCUUUCUUUCUUUGAAGCCCUGUGAGGGGGAAGGAGAAUGACGGUGUAUAAGUGCAAGGUGGACAGCUAGCUAUGAAAGAAGCGUGUCUGGUGGCAACAAUGGGUUGGAGAAUCAUGAUUUGGAAUAAGAAUAAGAAGUGCAUAAAAGAGGGAAGGAGGAAUGUGUGAUGCAGGAAAUUCGUGAGGUUCGUGAGGUUGUUCUCACAUCAGUAGCAUUGUUUUUGGUUACAUUUCGUCCAAGGAGAAUUACCUCCACCCAUUGAUCUGUUCCUCUUUCAAUAUACUGUUAUGGUUAAUUAGCACAACAGAAUUCAAUACAAUCGCCCCUUUUCUAGCAAGAGCAGUCACAUGUGAACAGAAGCUCUCCUUUGGUUACAAGUCUGCUACUGGCCUUAACUGAUUGAAGACCUUAAACUUCAGGAAUGCAAUCAAUGAGAUGGACUAAUUCCUCCAAAUUCCUGAUGUAGAUGUCCAAAUACUUGUGGAAGCUGUGAGUAUAUUUUCAUUUUCUGGGAUUGCAAUGCCGAGAAGGUUGUCCAAGUGGAAUAACCGAUUAGACAUGAGUUUGGAAAAUUGUGAUUGAAGCAAUGCCGAGAAGGUUGUCCAAGUGGAAUAACCGAUGCUUAUUUAUUGAUGGUCGAUUCAUCCUUCUGAAAUCUGUCUUGUACGCAUUAGUUGUUUAUUCCUCUUUUUUUCUUUGAAGCCCUGUGAGGUAUUAUUUCUAAUCUUAGUCUCUCUUUAAAAUUUUCUUAUGAGGUGAAGGAUUGGAAGGCAAAAAAAUAAGUUAGUUCAUUGGGAAAAGGUGUGCUAGGAAAGAGAGGAUGGCGGUCUAGGUAUAAAAAUUUAAGGGCGUUCAACCUAGCACUGUUAAGAAAAUAGGAAUGGAAAUUACCUAAGGUGACAUGGUUCAUUGGUUUUAUGUAAAAUUAAAAGUUGCAAAGUUGUAUUUUUAUGUGGCAAUUGUAUUUUAAGGUGACAUGAGAUUAUAAUUGUCUAAUGUUGUAAAAUUGACAAGUGAUAGGUACAUAUGUGAUAAUGAGUGAGAAUUAAAAGUUGGGAUAUAAGAUGAUGUAUUGGUGAAUUGCGAAUAGACGUGUGUUUGUGUGACAGUGAUCUCUUGUGAGUUGCUGUGUAAUGUCACUGCCGAGAAGAAAACUAUAAUCCUUAGAGUGUAAUUUCAAUGUGUUAAGAGAUAAUCAAUAGUGCUAAUAUGAAGAAAAUUAUAAGAUAGUAGAGUUACUAUCUAAUUAUUUAGCAUAGUAACUGUUCAUUGAUGUUUAUUUUGGCAAUUACCUAUAUUGUAAGAAAUUUGUUUACUUAAAUGUACUUAUACAAGCCUCCUAUUUCAUUUGGUUUAGUUAACGAUAAAUCUCGUGUUUUGACCGUUAGUUUGAGAUCCAUUCAGGGUCGGCUCCCCAUAUGCUUGAAUAAAAGCAGGGGCUAUAUUGAAUCUAUCAUUCUAUUGUCAUUGUAUUUUGCAGUCCUCUUCCAGAUCCAGAUAGAGAUUCGAGAACAUUGCCACCAGUUCGAUGAAACUCGCAAGUGCAGUAUAGCUCGAGAAAUGAGAUAUAUGUCGCGACUGGUUCAAACAAGAUGAUGCAACUCAGAAGCUCGACAUAGGGUGUGACUAUAAAUUGUAAGGACUCACGAUCUCCAAUACUCGGCAACAUUGACCGUUACUGACAAUCUCCAAUACCCGACAACAUUGACCGAUCCCACAGACAAGCUUUUUUACAUAUACUAUGUGGUGAUGCAGUAUGGUUUUUGCCGGUUAAACAUUUGCGAGCUAAUAAUUACAGAACAUAUAAUAAAUAUUCAUGUACUGUCUGACUUGAGAUAUUGGUAGGAUGAAUGCUAAAUGUGAUUAUUUUUGUUGUUUGUAAUGGAUUUUGAUUUUGCCAUGGUUACCUGCACAUGUGAAUAAUGGUAGAGAAGAUGGAUAUUAAAUGAAUUUGGUUCACUUAUUGAGUAUGUUCAAACAGCUUUUGGGAGAAAUCUCCGUCACAGUUUCACUUAUCUGGCGUAGAAUUUGCAUCGUAUAAUUUAGUCGGUUUGCGAAUUGGAUCGAGUAAUGUGCAGUUGCAUAGAGCUGCUGUGAACGUCUUGCGUCACUCGAAGCUCCCAAAUCGGGAUGAAAUCGGCUCACAAUGAAAAUCAUAGUGCCAAUGUGAUGCCGAUGUCGACAAUAGAGUUUGUUAGGGCAGAUCUGCGAGUGGAGGUGAGACAUGAAUCACCAUGUUAAUACUGCUGAUACCACCAUUUGGAAGAUAAGUAUUUCUCACACAUUCUAUUCACCUAGUAUGAUUAACUAUUGUUUGUUUGUUUACAAUGCUUUGUUUGGUGAUCUAAUGUCAUAUAACUCAACUUACAAUGUGUAUGUGUUAUCUAUAUGUUGUGGUGUCUAUUUCUGUAUGUCUUACAAUGCAUUUUGAUUUUAGAGUUAUAUUUGGAAGAUUGUGAAAAUUGUUGGGACAAAUUAACACUGCUAUGAUUCGAAAAGAAAUUGAAGAUGACACUAACAGGAUGGCUGGGAAAUCAAAUCAAAUAUCUCCUACCGCCAUUUGGAAGAUAAGUAUUUCUCACACAUUCUAUUCACCUAGUAUGAUUAACUAUUGUUUGUCUACAACGCUUUGUUUGGUGAUCUAAUGUCAUAUAACUCAACUUACAAUGUGUAUGUGUUAUAUAUAUGUUGUGGUGUCUAUUUCAUUUGUAUUUUUUGUCUCUUUAGACUGCUGAUGAGUAUGAUCGCAGGAGAGAGAACUUUUUCAAUGAGCUUGAAAUCGUGUUCUCCGAUGUGGUCAUGGCUAUACUCGCAGAUUUCAUACUCGUUUAUCUUCCUGCACCUACUGUUUCUCUUAGACCACCACUUGGAGUUAGUGCAGGGGCAAUUUCUAAGUUUUCCCACAAUUGCCCAGAUAAUGCAUUCCAGGUUGCUCUCUCUGGAACAUCAUAUUCCUUGUUGCAGAGAUUUGGUGCAAUUGUGCGUAAUGGGUCCAAGCUUUUUGCAGUUGGAACUGGCGCAUCACUGGUUAGUUCUCAUUAUACUUGGGGUUUAAGUUUGGAAAUUUGUGAUUAAAGCAAUACCGUGAAGAUUGUCCAAGUGGAAUAACCGAUGCUUAUCUCUUGAUGGUCGAUUCAUCAUUCUAAAAUCUGUCUUGUACGCAUUAACUGUUUAUUUCCUUUCUUUCUUCGAAGCUCUGUGAGGUAUUAUUUCUAAUCUUGAGUCUCUCUUUAAAAUUUUCUUAGGAGGUGAAGGAUUGGAAAGCAGAAAAAUAAGUUAGUUCAUUGGGAAAAGGUGUGCUGGGAAAGAGAGGAUGGGGUCUAGGUAUAAAAAUAUAAGGGCGUUCAACUAGCACUGUUAAGAAAAUAGGAAUGGAGAUUACCUAAGGUGACACGGUUCAUUGGUUUUAUUUUAUGUAAAAUUAAAAGUUGCAAAGUUGUACUUUUAUGUGGCAAUUGUAUUUUAAGGUGACAUGCGAUUAUAGUUGUCUAAUGUUGCAAAGUUGACAAGUGAUAGGUACAUAUGUGAUAAUGAGUGAGAAUUAAAAGUUGGGAUAUAAGAUGAUGUAUUGGUGAAUUGCGAAUAGGUAUGUGUUUGUGGGACAAUGAUCUCUUGAGUUGCUGUGUAAUUUCACUGCUGAGAAGAAAACUAUAAUCCUAAGAGUGUAAUUUGAAUAUGUUAAGAGAAAAUCAAUAGUGCUAAUAUGAAGAAAAUUAUAAGAUAGUAGAGUUACUAUCUAAGUAUUUAGCAUAAGAACUGUUCCUUGAUGUUUAUUUUGGCAAUUGCCUAUAUUGUAAGAAAUUUGCUUACUUAAAUGUACUUAUACAAGCCUCCUAUUUCAUUUGGUUUAGUUCACGAUAAAUCUCGUGUUUUGACCGUUAGUUUGACAUCCAUUCAGGGUCGGCUCCCCAUAUGCUUGAAGACAAGUAGGGGAUAUAUUGAAUCUAUUGUCAUUGUAUUUUGCCAGUCCUCUUCCAGAUCCAAAUAGAGAUUGGAGAACAUUGCCACUAGUUCGAUGAAACUUGCAAGUGCAGUAUAGCUCGAGAAAUGAGAUACAUGUCGCGACUGGUUCAAACAAGAUGAUGCAAAUCAGAAGCUCGACACAGGAUGUGACUAUAAAUCGGCUCACAAUCUCCAAUACCCGACAACAUUGACCGAUCCCAGACAAGCUUUUUUACAUAUACUAUGUGGUGAUGCAGUAAUGUUUUUGCCGAUUAAACAUUUGCGAGCUAAUAAUUACAGAACAUAUAAUAAAUAUUCAUGUACUCUGACCCGAGUUAUUGGUAGGAUGAAUGCAAAAUGUGAUUAUUUUUAUUGUUUGUAAUUGAUUUUGGUUUUGUGAUGGAUAUUAAUGGUAGAGAAGAUGGAUAUUAAAUGAAUUUGGUUCACUUAUUGAGUAUGUUGAAACAACUUUUGGGAGAAAUAUCCGUCAAAGUUUAACUUAUCUUGCAUAGAACUUGAAUCGUAUAAUUUAGUCGGUUUGCGAAUUAUUAUUGAGUAGUGUUCCUGAACAGAGGGGGUCUGAUUAUUAUAGAUGAAUUGGAUCGACAAAAUUCUGUGUUUGUAGAAUGUGCAGUUGCAUAGAGCUGUUGUGAACGUUUUGCGUCACUCAAAGCUCCCAGAUCGAGAUGAAAUCGGCUCAUAAUGAGAGCCGUAGUGCCAAUGUGAUGCAGAUGUCGACGAUAAAGUUUGUUAGGGCAUAUAUGUGAGUGGAGGUGAGAUAUGAAUCACCAUGUUAAUACUGCUGAUACCGCCAUUUGGAAGAUAAGUAUUUCUCACACAUUCUAUUGACCGAGUAUGAUUAACUAUUGUUUGUUUACAAGGCUUUGUUUGGUGAUCUAAUGUCAUAUAACUCAACUUACAAUGUGUAUGUGUUAUCUAUAUGUUGUGGUGUCGAUUUCUGUAUGUCUUGCAAUGCAUUUUGAUUUUAGAGUUACAUUUGGAAGAUUGUGAAAAUUGUUGGGACAAAUUAACACUGCUAUGAUUCGAAAAGAAAUUGAAGAUGACACUAACAGGAUGGCUGGGAAAUCAAAUCAAAUAUCUCCUAACUCUAUUCAUCUCAGCAUCUACCUGCCAAGUGUUGUCAAUUUGAUGCCAGUAGAUCUGCCUGUUUUAGCAAAGGUCGCAGUAGAGUGACAACCAGAAGGUAGUGACAUCUAAUGCUAUCAAAAUUCUUAAACAAAUUGAUCCUGCUGGUGAAAGAACAGUUGGUGUAACAUGAAUAGGCUAUUAUAUGUUGCAGGUUGUUUAUAUCACGAUAGUGGGUGAACUGAUACGCUAUUUGUAUGACGUGGCUAUGAUGUUUGAUUACUACUUUUAAAUGUUUACAGUGAGUAUCCGUGAUGACAACGACUACAAAUCGAGUCUCAUAGGAGGAGAACUAAAGAUUGCAAUGAUCGGAGAUGACAAGUCAAGCUCUAAUGUCAUCGUAAAAGAGUCGGAUUGAAAAUAACAAUGACAGGUCAGCGUUUCUUUUGCUUCUGCUUCUCGAAUAUAAAUGGAAGUGUGUCAUCCUAUGUUCCAAUUACAAUAGCUUCAGAUGAUGGAGUAUCGAGGUGUCUUGGAAUUGGCUAAAGUAUAAAGCUCUUAGAUUUAAUUACCCUAUUCUUAAUUGGAUAUUAAAUCCAUUUGGUUGCUUACAAACUUACAAUGUUGAUGGAGUAUCUAGAUCAAUUCUAAAAAAUUACUGAUCGUCAAUAUGUCUGUUUGGUCGGAGUAAGUGUUUGAAUUAUUAAGUAAUUCUCAUAUUUAUUCGUGUGGUUAGUUAGGAUGCUAGUUGGUGUUGGUUUUAUCAUCAACCUUGGUUGGUGGAGCGUAUUCGGGACAUGACCUGCUAACUUCUUAUAGCUGAACUUAGAGAGAAGGAAAUAAGAAAAGUUUGGGAUUCUGAGAGUUUGAAGUUCUUUGAUUCAUAGCAUAAAUUCCAGCUUUAUUAAAGAGCUUUAGGAUGUAAUUAAAGCAGACUUUCGUAUUCAUUGUUGCAUUUAAUUCGAAUGGCGUAAGAGUGCGUGGAGCUAUUAAUGCUUUUUAGUAUUGAAUCCAAAGAUAAAGAAUCUAUUGAAGCUAAGCCAAUUUCUUUAAUUGACAGCAUCUAGAAAGUGAAGCUAGGCCAAUAUCUUUAAUUGGCAGCAUCUAGAAAUUCUUAGUAAUGUUAUAUGCAAAUAGAUUGAAGGUGGCUGAUACAAAAGCUAAUUUGCAAUUCGCCAAAUGCCAAAUAGGAGGAAAAAACAAGUAUGACCCCUGAUUCGCAAUUCGCCGAAGGCCAAAUAGGAGGAAAAAAAGAUAUUUAAAGUGGAUUUUGAAAAAGCAUAUGAUUUGUCGACUUGAAAUAGUCCUUAAACUCUAUGAUAUUUAUUUGUUUUAUUUUUAUUAAUCCAUCUAAUCUAAAUUGACCGUAUCAUUAAACUUAUCACCGUACUAGAAUGAAUUUGUCAUUGCUACAUGGAUCACUUGAUUUGCGAUAGAACUAUAUUAUAUUAUUAUUAUUAUUGUCCCUUCAUUGGUAUUAAAUCCGUUGGUUUUGCAAGAUAUUGUGUUCUAAUUUUAAAAAUCUUUUUGGUUAUUCCAAGGGGCUCCGUUAAUUUGUUAAAAUAGCAAGUGCCUGACCAAAGUAAAAUGAGAUUUAUAAGACUAAUCAGGGCGAUCAUGGUUUUGAUUAAUUGGUUUGGAUUAAUUGCUGUUGGAAAAAGGCUGCUAUGGAGUAAAUUGAUGGAGUUGAUCAAAUCAAAAACAUGUCAGGUGCUAGAUGUUGCCUGAUGGGAAAAAUAGGUUAGUGGUAGUGUUUGAUUUAUAAUUGAGAACAAAAAGGCUUCAUUUAAGGCAUUGGUAAUUCAUUUGACUGAGAAUAUAGAAUUAUUCUUGUAAAGUCAUAGAGGGAAAAGAAAAGCAAAGUGAUGAUAGAAAUUCAUUUGUCUGUCAAUCCGCUGAUAUUCUUUGAUGUAACUCAUGAAUCCCGACAGGUUGUGAUCGCUUUCAUAUUUCUCUCUCUUGCUUGAUUUCUUGAGUUUCCCGAUUUAUUGAAUCAAUUAUUUACGGUUUUUGAAUUGUUAUCAGAAUUGGGCAAAUGAUGAAUCUGAAAUUAUGUAAAUGGGUAAUUUGCAUCUGAAUAUGGUUGAUGUUAAUAUUACCUUGGAGAACUGAUUCCCUAUAUUCUAUGGAUUUUUAUGCUUGUUAGUUUGUUUCUGUGUUUUGUUCUCUGUUUCAAUCUAAUCUAAAAUGACUUUAGCCUUAAAAUUAUCAUAGUACUAGAAUGAAUUGGUCAUUGCUACAUGAAUGGAUCACUUGAUUUGUGAUUGAAUUAUAUUAUUAUUGUCCCUUCAUUUGCACUAAUGACACUGUCAUAAUUGAAUUUUGAGAGGAGCUAUUAGAAAUGUUGGUUGUGAUUGCGAGAGAUCGAAGAAAUGUUGGUUGUGAUUGAGAUUGAAGAAUCCUGAACCGAAUAACACAAAUUUCAAGUUUAUUAAGUUGUUUUGGGAUAGCCUACUUUCACAUGUUCAUUUAUGAAUUUCAUUCUAAUGGAAAAAUAGUGUGUUGAGCUAAUAAUGCUUUUUAAGCAUUGAUUCCAAAGAUUGAGAAUUCGGUGACACACAAUUAUUCUAAUGGGUAAAUAGUGUGUAGAGCUAAGAAUGCGUUUAUAGCAUUGAUUCCAAAGAUUGAGAAUUCGGUGACGCUAAACUAUUCUAAUGGAAAAUCGUGUGUAGAGCUAAUAAUGUUUUUUUAGCAUUGAUUCCAAAGAUUGAGAAUUCGGUGACGCUAAACUAUUCUAAUGGCAAAAGAGUGUGUAGAGCUAAUACUGCUUUUUUAGCAUUGAUUCCAAAGAUUGAGAACUCGGUGACGCUAAACUAUUCUAAUGGCAAAAUAGUGUUUAGAGCUAAUAAUGCUUUUUUUAGCAUUGAUUCCAAAGAUUGAGAAUUUGGUGAAGCUAAACUAUUCUAAUGGCAAAAUAGUGUGUAGAGCUAAUAAUGCUUUUUUAGCAUUGAUUGAAAAGAUUGAGAAUUCGGUGACACUAAACUAUUCUAAUGGCAAAAUCGUGUGUAGAGCUAAUAAUGCUUUUUUAGCAUUGAUUCCAAAGAUUGAGAAUUCGGUGACGCUAAUUUAUUCUUAUGGCAAAAUCGCGUGUAGAGCUAAUAAUGCUUUUUUAGGAUUGAUUCCAAAGAUUGAGAAUUCAGUGACGCUAAACUAUUCUAAUGGCAAAAUUGUGUGUAUAGCUAAUAAUGCUUUUUUAGCAUUGAUUCCAAAGAUUGAGAAUUCGGUGACGCUAAACUAUUCUAAUGGAAAAAUCGUGUGUAGAGCUAAUAAUGCUUUUUUAGCAUUGAUUCCAAAGAUUGAGAAUUCGGUGACGCUAAACCAUUCUAAUGGCAAAAUCGUGUGUAGAGCUAAUAAUGCUCUUUUAGCAUUGAUUCCAAAGAUUGAGAAUUCUGUGUCGCUAAACUAUUCUAAUGGGAAAAUAGUGUAUAGAGCUAAUAAUGCUUUUUUAGUAUUGAUUCCAAAGAUUGAGAGUUCGGUGACGCUAAACUAUUCUAAUGGCAAAAUAGUGUGUAAAGCUAAUAAUGCAUUUUUAGCAUUGAUUCCAAAGAUUGAGAGUUCGGUGACGCUAAACUAUUCUAAUGGCAAAAUAGUGUGUAUAGCUAAUAAUGCUUUUUUAGCAUUGAUUCCAAAGAUUGAGAAUUCGGUGACGCUAAACUUUUCUAAUGGCAAAAUCGUGUGUAGAGCUUAUAAUGCUUUUUUAGCAUUGAUUCCAAAGAUUGAGAACUCUGUGUCGCUAAACUAUUCUAAUGGGAAAAUAGUGUAUAGAGCUAAUAAUGCUUUUUUAGUAUUGAUUCCAAAGAUUGAGAGUUCGGUGACGCUAAACUAUUCUAAUGGCAAAAUAGUGUGUAGAGCUCAUAAUGCUUUUUUAGCAUUGAUUCCAAAGAUUGAGAAUUCGGUGACGCUAAACAAUUCUAAUGGCAAAAUCAUGUGUAGAGCUAAUAAUGCUUUUUUAGCAUUGAUUUCAAAGAUUGAGAAUUCGAUGACGCUAUACUAUUCUAGUGGCAAAAUAGUGUGUAGAGCUAAAAAUGCUUUAUAGCAUUGAUUCCAAAGAUUGAGAAUUCGGUGAACGCUAAACUAUUCUAACGGCAAAAUUGUGUGUAGAGCUAAUAAUCCAUUUUUAGCAUUGAUUCCAAAGAUUGAGAAUUCUGUGUCGCUAAACUGUUUUAAUGGGAAAAUAAUGUGUAGAGCUAAUAAUGUUUUUUUAGCAUUGAUUCCUAAGAUUCGGAGUUCGGUGACGCUAAACUAUUCUAAUGGAAAAGUAGUAUGUAGAAUUGAGAACAAAAAGGCUUUAUUUAAGGCAUUGGUGAUUAAUUGGAUUGAGAAUGUUCAAUUAUUCAUUUCAUUUGACUGUUUUUCUUGUAAAAUCAUGUGGCAAUUGUAUUUUAAGGUGACAUGAGAUUAUAGUUGUCUAAUGUUGCAGAGUUGACAAGUAUACAUAGAAGGAAAAGAAAAGCGAAGUGAUGACAAAAAUUCAUUUGUCUGUCAAUCCAUUGAUAUUCUUUGAUGUAAUUCAUGAAUCCCGACAGGUUCUAAUUGCUUUGAUAUUUCCCUCACUUGCUUGAUUUCUUGAGUUUCUCGAUUUGUUGAAUAAAUUAUUUAUGGUUUUUGAAUUGUUAUCAGAAUUAGGCAAAUGAUGAAUCUGAAAUGGUGUAAAUGGGUAAUUUGCAUCUGAAUAUCGUUGAUGUUAAUAUCACCUUGGAUGACUGAUGCCCUAAAUUCUAUGGAUUUUUAUGUUUGUUAGUUUCUUUCUGUGUUUUGUUCUCUGAUUUUUUGGAUCCAUCUAUUCUAAAAUGACUUCAACAUUAAAAUUAUCAUCGUACUAGAAUAAAUUGGUCAUUGCUACAUGGAUGGAUCACUUGAUUUGUGAUUGAAAUAUAUUAUUAUUGUAUCUUCAUUGGCUCUAAUGACACUGUCAUAGUUGAAUUUAGGAAGGAGAUAAUAGAAAUGUUGGUUGUUAUUGCGAGAGAUCGAAGAAUUUUGACCCAAAUAACAUAAAUUUCAGGUUUAUUAAGUAGUUUUGGGAAAUUGUACUUUCACAUAUUCAUUGCUGAAUUUCAUUUUAAUGGCAAAAUCGUGUGUAGAGCUAAUAAUGCUUUUUUAGCAUUGAUUCCAAAGAUUGGGAAUUUGGUGACGCUAAACUAUUCUAAUGGCAAAAUUGUGUGUAGAGCUAAUAAUGCUUUUUUAGCAUUGAUUACAGAGAUUGAGAUUUCGGUGAUGCUAAACUACUCUAAUAGCAAAAUAGUAUGUAGAGCUAAUAAUAUUUUUUUUAGCUUUGAUUCCACAGAUUGAGAAUUCUGUGGCACUAAACUAUUCUAAUGGGAAAAUAGUGUGUAUAGUUAAUAAUGCGUUUUUUGCAUUGGUUCCCAAGAUUGAGAAUUCGGUGAAGCUAAACUAUUCUAAUGGCAAAAUAGUGUGUAGAGCUAAUAAUGCUUUUUUAGCAUUCCAAAGAUUGAGAAUUCUGUGGCGCUAAACUAUUCUAAUGGGAAAAUAGUGUGUAGAGCUAAUAAUGCGUUUUUUGCAUUGAUUCCAAAGAUUGAGAAUUUGAUGAAGCUAAACUAUUUUAGGUCGAUAUGUUUAAUUGGCAGCAUGUGGCUAAAAAAGUUAUCUUUGAUUUACAAUUUGCGGUCUUAAAGGGCCGACAUAUGGUAGAUGGAAUACUCAUAGCAAAUGAGUUAGUAAAUGAUGUUUAAAGUGGAUUUAAAAAAAGUAUAUGAUUUUGUGGAUUGGAAAUAUUUGGACUUUGACAGCAUUUAACGUUAAAUGGAGAUGCUGGAUUUUAGAGUGUAUUUGAUCAUCAACUAUUUUAGCGUUGGUCAAUGGAAGUCUCACAAAAACCAAAUCCGAAGAUGGUAAAGGUCUAUCGCCUUUUUAUAUUUUUGAGUGUUUAGUUCCAUAGUGGUGAUGUUCACUUCUUGCAUAUGCAGUAUGCAAAUGAUAUCUUAAUUGUGGGAAAAAGUUGGCAACACAUGAGGGCCAUGAUGGCAAAUAAAAUUUUAAGGUUGGAAAUACUUGGAUGUUUCUGAUGGUUGUAAUCAUAGAAGAAAGAAGUUAUUGAAGUUGGUGAUUAAUAUAGUGUCAGGAUGAUUGUCCAAGUGGAAUAAUUAGAGCUUAUCUACAUGUGGCCGAAUCAUCCUUCUAAACUUUGUUAUACGCAUUACCGGUCUAUUUCAUUUCUUUCUUUAAAGCUCUGUUAGAUAUUAUUUCUAAUUUGAUUCUGUCUUUAAAAAUUCAAGGGUGUUCCACCUAACUCUAUUAGGAAAGUGUGUGGGUUAAGGUUUUAAAAAGUAAAUAUGGUGAAAUCUUUGGUAAAGUGAGUACAAUUGAGAGAAUGGGGUCAGCUUGGUGGCAGAGCAUAAAAAUGGUAGAAACUGGGUCGUGGGACUUUAAAUUAAAUUGGUUCUUUGAAAGGUUGUGCAUGAUAUUAGGAAGUGGAGUUGAAUCACAUUUUUGGACUCCUUGGAUAAAAGGAAUAAUUUUGAAAAACAGGUUAAGAGGUACUGUUUGAUUUAUAAUUGAGAACAAAAAGGCUUCAUUUAAGGAAUUGGUGAUUGAUUUGACUGAGAAUGAAUUAUUUAUUUCAUUUGACUGGUUUUCUUGUAAAAUCAUGUGGCAAUUGUAUUUUAUGGUUACAUUAGAUUAUAGUU